GAGCACGCGUGCGCUAUUUAUGACCAUUUUUCUUGCAAUUUUUUUUUCUCCUCGAUCAAAGUUCUCACUCAAUUUGUUUCAGGGCAAUUUUAUAAGAUAAACGAUUUUGCCGAAGUAGAAAGCACUUCUAAACGGCUGUAUUUUGAAGCUUUGGUUAUAACAAUGCAGUCCGUAGAAUAUGAAAAACGGGAAUCAUAUCAAUAUCCUGUAGAUAUUGAGAAUCUUCUCAAAAGGGCCGAACUUGAAAACUUUGAACAAGUAAAACUCAUCGAAACAGAAGCACAAAAGUUGCAAGAGAUUAAACAAACGCUAGAGGAAAGAACAAAAACUACUGUACAACUUGAGGCAUCUACAACUAAACUAGACCACAAGGCAAAAGAACUGCACAAACUCUUCAGGCAAAACGAAGAAAUUAUUUCAAGUUUAAAAAAGAAUAACACACUUUUGAACGAACAUGAAGAAAGUUUACAACUGAAAUGUGACGAGAAAAGUUGCAACCUUCACACUUUACAAGCAGAACACAAUGCUGUGGUGGAACACUACCAGUCAACAUGGCAGAACUACAAGGCCCACUAUGAGAGAUCAAAUGUUGCUGCACAGUUAGUUGGUACAAGGGAUGAUGUGAUAAAGAGAGAAAAAGAAGUUAAGGACAUGGAAAAACAGCUGAAGCAGCUAGAAUUCAGGAUAAAACAAGCAACAGAAAGAAAAUCCAGUAUAGAAGAGGUUGCCAAGGAUUAUGAAGGUCAUGGAGACCGUCCUGCAGUGUCAGCUAUUGUGAAUCUUGCUAAGCUAUUCAGAGGUAUACAAGCAAACUCAAAACAAAUAGAAGCUUAUCAUUCCCAAACGGAGCAGAUCAAAUGUAAAAUCAAACAGGCCAAGGAUAAAGCUUGUAAGCUCCAAGAGGGACAAAACAAGAACUCCAGUACUUGCCCUUCUGUGAGUCCAGAAAUUCAAGCAAGUGAACGAGAUAACCAAAAUAAUGCAGCUAGCGAUAUUGCGAGCAAAGCUCACGAUGGGGCGGGAAACUUGGCUGGGCUGGUACCAUUCCCUGGCGUUCAAGCUCUGAAAAUGGUCUCGCUACCUUGCUCCACUAGACCACCCGAAGAACAACAGCAGUCUCAAAACCAGUUGGCGAGCAUUAGCUUAUUCAACCAAGCUUACAGUAAACUGAGCGUGAGUUCACAUCAGUUUUCCAAUGUCGAGAUGGGAAAGUCAAGACCUGCAAUAAUGACAACUGCAUCCAUCAAACAACCUGCUGGUUCUUUCAAUCUACUUCCUCUUACAAGUAAUGAAAGCUGUGAGAAGUCACUGUCUGGACCUACAAUCAGGAACCUACAAACGAUGAUUUUGCCCAAGUCGCCACUGGCCUCAUUAGAGGUGCCUAAAGCAGCAAGCAAACCGUCAAAUACUCAACAGGUCGUUAAGACUGCAAAAAAUUUUACCGAGUCGUUCACUAGUCCGACAAAUGGCAAAGUUUCUAAUAAUGGUUUUGGAAAUAUGGAGGCUGAUAAGACCUCGCAAGUUUACAGCGCCAGUAAUGCCAUGAUUUAUCUUCAGAGCAAAUUACCAGCUGAAAGGCAACCCUUGACGCAAGCAACCCGAGGCAUAGUUCAAGAGGGCACGGGUCAGCACAGCGACUGGAAAGAUGAAACAACAAAAGUAAACGACCAUUCUGAUCCAAAGCCCAAUCCUCGUACACCAGGAAAAGAAAGUACACUUGACUUUAACGACUUUGAGAGACUUAAGGAAAUCAAGCAGUCACCUGGAGAGGGUUUCUUUUUUGAACCAAGACGAAUGUUUGAGACAGAUGAUGACCAGAAAAAAAAACAAGACAACGAGAGGAGCGUGGCGGAUGGUACAAACUUUUUCCAGUCUAUGUUUUUCGUCGAUAGUGCAGUGGAGCAGAAAAGAGAGGUACAAAAUGACAUUUGCUCAAUGUUUGGGAUGCCCCCAUCUAGCGAUGUACAAAAAGGCGUCUCUUCAAGUAAUGGCAUCUUCAUGAAUCAAAGGGACGUCCCGUCCUCUCCGGGCUUCUCUUUUUUAACAGAAUCUGAUGAAACUAAAUCAGCUGAAAAAUCCCCGAGCUUCACUCUCGAUUUUGGAAACUCAUCACCAAGCGGUUCGCCAGGAGGAACAUUUAGCUUUUUUUGAGAUAGGGUUUCGGUAUUGAGCGAUUUUGAGCUAUAUUGGCGAUUUUCGAUUACUACUGUUUAAAAUUUGU